UAAGAGUAACAACGUAUUUGUAAUUCAAGUUGUGAACAAUCCUCAUACGAAUACUUUUAAACUAAAUUAUAAUUUAAAACUCAUUUGUUCACAAUUCCAAAACUGUAAAUUUGUUGAAUUUAAUAAUUAUUUACAAUAUUUUCGCAAUAUCAAAAACUUUUUGUGUAAUAAGUUGAAUUAUUAUAUUAAUUUUUGUGAUUACAAUGAUAUGUUUAUCAAAAAUAGACAAAAUCUAAGGAAUCAAUUUGAAGCAAAGAAUGCUUGUGGUUUAUGAAAGCAGCAGCCCGUUAUUUAUAAAAAAGGAACAAUAGAAUACUGUUUCCAUAAAAUGCAAACAAGAAAACCUAAAUCACUUGAGAUAAAAAACAUCACAUCGGAGAAAAAAGGUACCAUCCCAUUUUAUUUUAGAAAACAAAAAAAAAACUCGAUGAUAAACAACACCCACAAGACAAUUGGACGAACAGUUUUUUCGAUCAUAAAAUUAAGCAAAAUUAUGCUAGCUUAUCAUCUAAACGUGAUCCAGAAACUGCUUCACAUAAUCUGCAAGCCCACCUACACCAUAUAGAGCGGUGGUUUAAAAGAUGGUGAAUAAAAGUAAAUGAAACUAAAUCAGCUCACGUAACAUUCACCCUCAGGAGAGAGACUUGCCCCCCUGUUAUGCCGGUUGUACACACUCGGGGAGACACCACGAGGCAGGCCGAGAGCGAGUGUGUACAUGGAGCUCUUCUCUCGUCUCGGUCUCCCUCGCCUCGCCUCGUUCGUCUCGGUCGCUUGUCGGUUUUUGCGCUCGAGUCAAAGGGUCUCGUUGGCCCUCGCGAGAAAAACGAGAGCGAACGUGUACACACUCGUUUCACGCAGUUGCCGGCUGACUGUGUUUAGGUGAAGACGCGUUAAAAUGUGGUCUGGUGGUAACGAACGUGAAUUGGAAUUUUUGGAGUGUUUUCAAAGGGAGCCUGUAUUAUGGAACUUAAAAGAUACCAAACACAAGGACAAGCAAUAUGUGCACGAUGCUUGGAUGCGCAUAAGCGAGGAUAUGGGAAUACCAGUGGUAGAUUUAAAAAGAAAGCGAGAUUCACUUAUGGCCACAUACCGUGGCCAUAAAAGAAAGAUUGUUGUAUCUACACUAUCUGGAGCUGGAGCUGAAACAGUCUAUAAACCAAUAUGGUUUGCUUUUGAUUUAAUGGAUUCGUUCUUAAAUGAUAUUGUUCAGUGUAGAAAAACUAUGAACACGGAUGCACCAGUAAGUAAGACAUUAAUUAUUUUUCAUUUAUGAAUUUAUUAAUUAGCGUAGAUAAUAGUAACAAUAGUGUGGCAAGUAUUGUACUAUAACCUACGUAGAAAUUAUAGUUAAAUAGCUAAAUUUUACAUAUUGUAAUUGUUAAAGAAAUAUGUUUUAAAUUCUUCUCGAAUCUGACUUGCGUCUAGUGUUGGUCUUCGUGGUAUUGGUUGCAAAGGUCUAAUGGCACACGUGUCUUCAAUGUCAUUCCUCCAUGAACCUGGCACUACCAGUUCAUCGUUACUGUUGUAAACAUCUAUUGUUCCUGGAGGUGUAUAUAUUGCCGAUGAUGUACUACUUUUUCUUAAGAAAUUAUGCAGCAGUACACAUGUCAUUGUAAUAACUGUGGUUUUUUCUGGGUUCAGUAGUAUUGGUUUCCGCAAUAUUCUAAAUUUUGAAGCUAAUAUCCCAAAUACAUUUUCAACGACUACGCGUGAGGAUGAAAGUUUCUUAUUAAAUAUACGUUUCGGCGAUCCUUCAUUAUGACUUCCUGGGUACGGUUUCAUCACAUGUGAUGACAAUGCAAAUGUUCCAUCUCCCAGUAAAAUAUAUGGAACUUCUCUUGUACUCCCCGGUAGAGGUCGUGGCGUAGGAAAAUUUAGAUUAUUUGAGCAUAUUCUUCUCCAAAGCUGACUAUUACGAAACACAUCGCCGUCACUUAUUCUUCCCUGACUUCCAAUUUCAACAAAAAUAAAAUUGUAAUUGCUGUCGACUAAAGCAAGAAGUACAAUACUAAAACUCCUUUUGUAAUUGUAGUAUUCGGAACCACUAUUUAUAGGCCAUUGCAUUACAAUGUGCUUUCCAUCCAUGGCACCUAAACAUUUUGGAAAGUUUUUGAACCCCUUUUCCAGUUGUAACCAUGUCUGUGGAGACUCUUGACAUCUGUAAAAAAAAAUUACAUUAUAAUUUUUUUUUGUUACAGUCUCCAGCUACACCAGAAAGUGUUAUUUCCAAUGAAGAUGUGGAUAGCAAUCACUCAGAUCCUACGACUUCUUCUCAGUUGCCAUCAAUACCGAGAAUCCGUAAGAAUCCAAUAGAACUGCAAGAAGCUGGGAAGACGAUGAAAGAUGCAAUGACUUCACUGAAUAAAGUUUUGAAUAAACCACAAGCGGUGGAAGAUGAUUUUGAUCGUUACGGCAAGAUUCUGGCUAAUAAGUUGCGUAAACUAUCUGAAUCAGACAGUAUAAAAAUGAUGUACGAAAUAGAUGGAUUAUUCAUCAGGCGAAUGAAUAACACACCUCCACACUUCACAGGUCCUUCACCAACGUAUACUGUAUAUUCAGAGCCAACCUAACGCCAAUAAAUACAACAUCCAGCCGCAUCACCUACAUACUACGUACGGCCUGAAUCGUCAUCUACUUCCUAUUCGGAUCCAGGGGUUCAAACUUCUUCCGUGGCUUUUUCUGAUACUAAUACAAUACAAAUUAUUUCUGAUGAGAUCUUGAGGUCACCAAACCCAGAGUACAAUUAUACGCAAUUACAAUUAUAAGCCACGGAAGAAGUUUGAACCCCUGGAUCCGAAUAGGAAGUAGAUGACGAUUCAGGAUUUUGUAUUUAGGACUUUAUAUUUAGA